AUGGCAGCAGUAUCCAUACCUCCUUCACCGCAAACGACCCUCAACAUGUCCACACGCCGACCUCCUCUCGCCAACGUCUCCAAUGCCACCAAUUCCCCACUCCGGAUGGGGGGUACGGUUCCUGCUAAACGGUCUAGGACCGCCAGCACACAACUCGAGAUCCCUUAUGGACAACCACCCCCGAAGAAACAAGUGAUUGAUGGUGUGGAGCAGGAUGUACGGUCUCCGACCCGGGCGAGGUCUACGGCUCAUCAACAACCGGGAGACUCGAGGAUAUUCUCGCGUCGGUCGAAUAAUGGCCAACCAAGCGCGUUUGAACGGAAGUUGUAUGCUGCACGAGAAAAGGACCGGCAGACCGCUACGAAGCCAGUUAGGAAUGAGAAGCCGUCCGCAGAGACUCUUGAUACGAUCCGUCAGUGGCAGAGACAUUACCGGAAAGCAUUUCCGACCUUUGUUUUUUACUUUGAUAGCAUUCCUGAAGAUGUUCGGGGAAGAUGCUCGAGGCAGGUCAAUGCUUUGGGAGCGCGCGAAGAGAAAUUCUUCUCGCGUCUAGUAACCCACGUCGUGACCUCUCGUCCAAUCCCUCCGGAAUCCGCAGUCAAUCCUCCAGAAAAUAGCAGAGCCUCCGUGGACCACACAUCUGGUGGUGAUGGCUCUUUGCAAACGGUAAAUCCAUCCCUCCUAGAGAGAAAUCCUGAGAUGCAUGUUCAUACCUCCCUUAAGAAUGAUGCGCGACGCGAGCAGAUGAACAUGGAUGUUCUGCACAGAGCUCGCCAGAUGGGAAUGAAAAUAUGGGCACUCGAAAAAUUACAGCGUAUGAUUGCCACUAUCAACGAUCCGGAUAUCAGUGGCCAUGACACUUCGAACCGUAACAACGGCGCUGGUGGGAAUCAUGUCCGAGGAAGGGAAAACGAUCUCUCGCAAGUUCUACGGAAUGAACUUGUCAACGGGCCUUCGGAUCGGGACCAUCUAUCCUCAUUAAAGGAGCUUGUGAUGUUCAAAGGUCCAUUCAUCUACGUCCACGACAUGAACGAAAAGACGCGUCCGGCGAUGGUCCGGGAAUACGCCAAGGCAGCACGGCGGCAGGAUGGCGUCUGGCCUCAAUUCCGAAGCGCGCCACUAGGAAAGUGUCCCUUCAUCGACGAACCCCCGACGAAGAAGGAGAUGGAUCGGCAACGGAUACGUCAACACGCAAAGGAAAAGAAGGUGGCUCCCAAGCCAGCCCCUGUUCAAGAAAACAGAGACCAAGAAUUCGCUGUCCUGGAAGACACCGUUUCACAAGAACCUGCUGAUGGCGUCGCUAGCAAUGAACAUAAGCCUAAGAAUGAGCAAGAAGCUGCUCCACCACGACAACCAGAAAUGCGGGAUAUGGUGCCACCAAGGCUAGGGUCACCUCCGAGGAAGAGCUCAGAAAGUUUUAUCCCUCCGCAGAUGCCGCGCAACGGGCCAUUUUUCCUUGGCCGUGAACCUGCGGCCUCCGGCAUGCAGCCGUCGAACAUCACUUCCGCCAUCCGGUCACAAAUGGUUUCUUCUGCUGCUGCUGCACCCGGAGCCAAGGCCGGUCUGAGCAAGGAAGUCCACGAGCUGAAGAGAAAAGUACUCGAGAAGGGCAACGGACUUUCUGGUGCAGUUCCUCACGGUGCUGCGGAUGCCACAUGGAAAAUGAACCAGGGCCAGCGACCAGGGAAAGCCAAUCCGCAGGAAAAGCCUGACGCGACCCAGCCGGAAGCGAUAAAGAAACAGUCUCGCGAUCGAAAGGACAGUAUUCAAAAGAAGGAGAGGCCAAGGGAUCCGAAGCCAGGAUACUGUGAGAACUGCAGAGACAAGUUCGAUGACUUUGAGAAGCAUACUCAAACGCGGAAACACCGCAGAUUUGCGCUGACCACGUCCAACUGGGUUGAAUUGGACGACUUGCUGUUUGAGUUAGAGAGGCCAGUAAAGGAUGAGUAUAUGGACGAGCAUAUUUAG